GCCAGAUGAGUGUCUGGUGACACAGCAGUUGUGGUCUAGUUGGAGUUCUUUGCAGAUGUCUGAGGAGAGAAAUGAUGCUGCUGCUUUGAAGGGCAAAGCUUACUUUGAAUGAGCUGCUGCUGUCAGUGAAGAAGUCCAAGAAGGGAGCAUGGACCAGCCCAGUGGAAGGAGUUUCAUGCAAGUUCUUUGUGAGAAAUACAGCCCUGAGAACUUCCCAUAUCGUCGUGGACCUGGGAUGGGGGUGCAUGUCCCAGCAACUCCCCAGGGAUCACCCAUGAAAGAUCGCCUCAACCUCCCGAGCGUGCUGGUGCUCAACAGCUGUGGCAUCACCUGUGCAGGGGAUGAGAAUGAAAUUGCUGCCUUCUGUGCUCAUGUGUCUGAGCUAGAUCUUUCUGACAAUAAACUGGAGGACUGGCAUGAGGUCAGUAAAAUUGUGUCCAACGUUCCCCACUUGGAGUUUCUAAACUUGAGUUCCAACCCUCUCAGUUUGUCCGUUUUAGAGAGAAGGUGUGCUGGCUCUUUCGCUGGGGUUCGUAAACUUGUGCUCAACAACAGCAAAACUUCCUGGGAAACAGUCCACACAAUCCUUCAGGAAUUACCAGACUUGGAGGAGCUCUUCCUGUGCCUUAACGACUACGAAACAGUGUCUUGUUCUCCAGUUUGCUGUCAGUCUCUCAAAUUACUCCACAUAACUGACAAUAACCUUCAAGACUGGACUGAAAUCCGAAAAUUGGGAAUUAUGUUUCCAUCCCUGGACACACUUAUUCUGGCUAACAACAACCUCACAACCAUUGAAGAAUCAGAAGAUUCCUUAGCAAGGCUCUUCCCCAACCUACGAUCCAUCAAUUUGCACAAGUCAGGUCUGCAUUGCUGGGAAGACAUUGACAAGUUAAACUCUUUUCCCAAGCUUGAGGAAGUGAAGUUGCUGGGAAUCCCUUUGCUGCAGUCCUACACCACUGAGGAGCGCAGGAAGCUGCUAAUAGCCAGGUUGCCAUCUAUCAUCAAGCUCAACGGGAGCAUUGUUGCUGAUGGGGAGAGAGAGGACUCGGAGCGAUUCUUCAUCCGCUAUUACAUGGAGUUCCCAGAGGAGGCAGUCCCAUUCAGGUACCAUGAGCUGGUGACAAAGUAUGGGAAGCUGGAGCCCUUGGCAGUCGUGGAUCUUCGGCCGCAGAGCAGCGCGAAGGUGGAGGUGCAUUUCCAGGAUAAGGUGGAAGAGAUGUCAAUCCGUCUGGAUCAGACUGUGGCAGAGUUGAAGAAGCAUUUAAAAACUGUGGUGCAGUUGUCAACAAGCAACAUGCUGCUCUUCUACUUGGACCAGGAGGCUCCUUUUGGUCCCGAGGAGAUGAAAUACAGCUCGCGGGCGCUGCAUUCUUUCGGCAUUCGAGAUGGGGAUAAAAUUUAUGUGGAGCCCAGAAUGAAAUAACCUCUUUUUGACCUUGUGAGUGCACCCGUGUGCACACACAUGCCCCCCACACACCCACACACAUGCAUUAAGGAGUUUUUUGCAAGGUUUUUAUUUCGGUCGGUUGGUUGAGGUUUGGUUGCGUUUCCGUAGCAGGUGAUUUCUUAGCCCAGAAAAAGUGCCCUGAUCUGAGAACCAUGCCCACCAUCCACUGCAGGUGACCUUGAGGUGACAAUUGACUUCAGUGCGUGUGUUUCAGUGUGUGCAAUACCUUGAUGUUUUCUUUGAUGCUCCG